UCCCAGCCCAGGAUUUGUAAAUUAUUGAAUAAAACAAAUUUGUGGUCUGAAUCCAUGGCACUACACACUACAUAUAUAUUAAUACAUGCAAACAGUAUUUGAAAGUUCUCAGUUAAAGUGAAGUGAAUAGGAACUUUACUCGAUUUUUCUUUCCCCUUUCUCCCUUUUUGCCUCCCUCCCUUCUCCUCCUUUCCUCUUCUCUAUCUUCUCUCAUUUCCCAUCUUUCUCUUUCUGAAUAACUGUAUGAAAUGAAUUCUUUGUAUCAAAUCUUUUGUUAUGUUUCUUGGAAAAUUCCUUGAACUAGAAGUUUUUUGUGGUCCUAUUAAGUGCUGGGCAUAUUUUGAAUGGAGUCAAAAGUGUGUGUGUGUGUGUGUGCUCAUAUAAAUAAAUAUUUACCUACAGGGAUAUUUUUAGCAGCUCUGUGAUCUAUCAAAGACUUUCUUUAGAACAUGAACAGAUAUAUUGAAAUAAGGAAAUAAUCCUCGUUUGACAGACCUUACUAUGCCUAGCUUGUGCUUUAGACUUAUCUCCUUUGUGCAUAGCUUGCAGGAGAAAAUAUUGAUGAGGUUGUUGUUAGGCUUUUUUGUUGCUGGAUUUUGUGUGUGUGAUUUUUGGCUUGAGGAUCUGUAUUGCAGAGUUUCCAUUGUACAUUUUUCAAAGAUUAUUGGCAAUAACAAUUUGAUACGCGAUGACAAAAACCUUUGCUUUCCUUUGGUCUCUGACAGAAUGCUUAUAAUUUGCCCAUCUCAACUGCUCCUAUGUUUAACAUUAAACAUCGGUUUGGAAAGUUAUCACAUGUGGAAAAUGGGGGAAAUUCUCCUCUGAACUAAACAAUGAUUAAAGGAUUGGCAACGAAGUUAUUUCCAUAAAUCUGUUUCCAUACCAAAAUUACGUAAAUCAGGUUCUCUUCCUUUAUUUUGUCCCUUUGCAAGGCGAAAACUUUUUGCUCAUCUUUGCAGCUUCAAGGUCUUUCUCUGGUAGUGGUUCUCUUCACCUGGCAGGUGGAGCCUGUGGGGUUAACUCCGCAUUCUACUCACACGGCUCCCAGGGGCAGCAAAGUCUUUAGCAAAACGUAAUAGGAUUAGGGAUUUCCCUGUGGCUCUUCUCCCCAGGACACGAACUUGCCUUUUAUAAUGCACGUCUGGCACUGGGCAGGCUCCGGGCGAGCCGGGCUGAAGCUUUGGGUGGGGGUAGAGGGGGCGGGGACCUCCUCACUGGGGCACGGCUCCUGUCAGGUUGGCCCUCGACGUCCCAAUCCGCAGGUGCUUCAGCGGGAACACCGGCUCCCGCCAACUGAACGUCCGCGUGGGGAAGUGGAGCUGGUGGCUCAGAGCGGUAGAGGUUAGCGUUGAGCGAACGAGCUCAGAGACGGCGCCCGAGUUCAAGCCCCACGACGGAAACAAACCCCAAACCAGACAAAACCCAAGCCCGGUGGGUUCCAGAGGAGGAGGGCGCGCCCUUUGGGACCACUGCCUUCCACCGGGUCCGGUCUGUCCCCGCGCGCUCCAAGGCCCCGCCGAGGCGAUUCGGGGCUUCCCCUGCCGAGGGCGGGGCGGGGGACCAACCAACUCGCUGCUGGAGACCAGGCCUGCCCUUCUCCCCGGGAAGUCGAGGGGGCUGAGUGGGACUCAAAGCCGACGUCGGUGAGGAGCGGGUCGCACGAAACUUCCCGCCGCUCCGCCAACACGGUCGGUGGACGGCCGACUCACCUCAGGCCCGCCACUGCCUCCACUGCCUUCGCCCUGAGCUUCCCACCCACCUGGGGCGGAGAGUCGCUCUUCUCGCGAGAACACGGUGAGCCUCGCCUCUUCGAAUUGCGGGCUCUCGCGAGAAGAGGCUGAGGAGCCGGCCUGCAACCUGCCGGGGGCAGCUCUGGGUAGGCGCAGCCGCCCAAGUGGCCGCCUGGUAACCAACCACCCCGGGAAGGAUUCCGUUGACGGGGCAGGGGUGGGGGUGGGGGGCGGCGGAAGGCGUCACCGACGCGGCUCUUGCUUUGAUCCUCCGUGACCGCCCAGGAGAGACUACAGGGCAGAAGAACCGUGUGCCCCGCCCCUUUCCUGUCAUCCUGGGCCUUCGCCGCGACCGCCUGCGGGGGGCGCAUCACAAUAGCGCGGUUUAUUGAACUUACUGGACUCUUACACGAGAGAAGGAAAUGGAACACCUACAGUUAUAACUGGGUUAUGGGUGCUACAUGUGUGCUUUCAGAGCAGUAGUGUGAGGAAACUUGAAGUGGGAUGGCAGGACGGCCUCAUCCCUAUGACAGUAACUCCAGUGACCCAGAGAAUUGGGAUCGGAAAUUGCAUAGUAGACCUCGUAAACUUUAUAAGCAUUCAAGUACUCCCUCACGUGUUGCUAAAGGAGGAAUCGACCACACCAAGAUGAGUCUACAUGGUGCUAGUGGGGGACAUGAGAGAUCAAGAGAUAGACGAAGGUCAAGUGACAGAUCACGAGAUUCAUCUCAUGAAAGAACAGAGUCUCAGCUCACUCCUUGUAUUAGAAAUGUUACUUCUCCAACCCGACAGCACCAUGUUGAGCGAGAAAAAGAUCAUAGUUCUUCUCGUCCAAGUAGUCCUCGCCCUCAAAAAGCCUCCCCAAAUGGUUCCAUGAGCAGUGCUGGGAACAGCAGCAGAAACAGCAGUCAAUCAAGUUCAGAUGGCAGCUGCAAGACAUCUGCAGAGAUGGUAUUUGUGUAUGAAAAUGCAAAAGAAGGAGCCCGGAGUAUAAGAACAUCAGAACGUGUGACAUUAAUAGUGGAUAACACUAGAUUUGUUGUAGAUCCAUCCAUUUUCACUGCACAACCUAAUACAAUGUUGGGCAGGAUGUUUGGGUCUGGCCGAGAACAUAACUUCACACGUCCCAAUGAGAAGGGAGAGUAUGAAGUGGCUGAGGGAAUUGGUUCCACAGUGUUUCGAGCUAUCCUGGAUUACUAUAAGACAGGAAUUAUCCGUUGUCCUGAUGGCAUAUCUAUUCCUGAACUGAGAGAAGCAUGCGAUUAUCUUUGUAUUUCUUUUGAAUAUAGUACUAUUAAAUGUAGAGAUCUCAGUGCCCUAAUGCAUGAGUUAUCAAAUGAUGGUGCUCGUCGACAAUUUGAAUUUUAUCUGGAAGAAAUGAUCCUCCCUCUUAUGGUAGCUAGUGCCCAGAGUGGGGAAAGAGAAUGCCAUAUAGUGGUGCUUACAGAUGAUGAUGUGGUUGAUUGGGAUGAGGAGUAUCCACCACAAAUGGGAGAAGAAUAUUCACAAAUUAUUUAUAGCACAAAAUUAUAUAGAUUUUUCAAGUACAUUGAAAACAGAGAUGUGGCCAAAUCAGUUUUGAAGGAAAGAGGUCUUAAGAAGAUUAGAUUGGGAAUAGAAGGUUAUCCUACCUACAAAGAAAAAGUAAAGAAAAGGCCUGGAGGCCGCCCAGAAGUCAUUUACAACUAUGUCCAAAGACCCUUUAUUCGAAUGUCCUGGGAGAAGGAAGAAGGAAAGAGCCGGCAUGUAGACUUUCAGUGUGUAAAAAGUAAAUCUAUCACCAACCUGGCAGCAGCUGCUGCAGACAUUCCCCAGGACCAGUUGGUGGUCAUGCACCCAACUCCACAAGUGGAUGAGCUGGACAGCCUUCCCAUUCAGCCCCCUUCUAGCAACAGUGACCUCGAUCCUGAUGCCCAGAACCCAAUGCUGUGAUGCUGAUGAUCCUUGAAACCAUAGCAUGCUACUCUUCACAAUGACGGUGUACUCCUCAUUCUGCACUGCAAGGCCACUCUUCUUCAUUGUGAGCUGCACAUAUUUAGGAUAUUGCAGUGUAGGCUUUUUUAAAGACCAAAGGUAGCCGAAUGGUUUUUUUUAAAUGAGUACAACUUUAGCAUCCUGAGGUUCUAGUUACAUAAACGUAUUUGUUUACCAGUAGGUUUGUGAAAUUGGUUCUUUGUAUGGGGGACAGUCCUUUUUCACACACAUCUAGGUCUUUUCAGAAAUGGUGGAAAUUGGCACCUGGGGUAUUUUCAGUGUAGAUUGAUAUUCAUCUCACCUCAGAUAAAAUGCAGAAUAUUAUGUAGUUGCACUUUAUAAAUGGUGGUUAAAUGGAACUGUUCAAGCCAUUUUAUAGUUGUGAUGCACAAUAUAACUUAAAUAAGUGCUUCUAUCAAAGUAUUCCUUCAGUAAAAUGUGUAUAGUUUGCUUGUGAUGAGCAAAAAAGUGAGUAUUUAUCUUGGGCUUAUUUGAAUGGCUAGGGUGAGAUUUGAUGCUCAUAUCUUAUCAGUUCAAGUGAGUCAAGUGCAGGGAGUGAACAUCAGAGGUGGUUUAUUAUCCAGUCUGCCUUACCCUUAAUCUGUUCACAGAUAUUUAUUUACUAAUGCUUUUUCUUAAAGAGUUAUGGGAUAGGAAAAUGAAGUGUUUGCUCUUCAUUUACUAAAUGAUUGUAAACUCAAGUUUUUCAUCAAAAUAAAAUUCCAUUGUUUUCAUGUU